AUGCUCAGACGCACCCUGCGACACCCGCGCGGCCUCCCCCCUUCCUCCCGCUCGCUCUCCUCUUCCUCACCCCGGCAACCCAUCAAACUCGUCGAAGUCGGACCGCGCGACGGCCUCCAGAACGAAAAGACGCCAUUGGACGCCGGGGUCAAGGUCGAGUUGAUCGAGAGGCUCGUCAGGAGCGGGUUGAGGGAUGUCGAGGCCGGGUCGUUCGUCUCGCCCAAGUGGAUGGCGACGACGCCCGAAGUCUUGACCUCGCCCACCCUGGCCCAACUUCGCCGCGACUACCCAGACCUGUCCCUCCCCGUCCUCGUCCCCAACGCCCGGGGUCUCUCGUCCCUCACCACCCUCCUCUCACAACACCCCUCCAAUCUGCCACUGACGAACGAAAUCGCCGUCUUCGUCGCCGCGUCGGAAGGGUUCUCCCGCGCCAACCUCAACACGACAAUCGCAGACUCGCUCGCUUCCCUCCCGCCCAUCUUCGAGUCGGCCAAGGAACACGGCUUGAGAGUGCGCGCGUAUGUGUCGGUCGUCCUCGGCUGUCCGUUCGAUGGUCGCAUCGAGCCGGAGAAGGUUGCCCGAGUCGCGAAGGAGUUGCUUGAGAUGAAAGCGUACGAGGUCUCGCUCGGGGAUACGAUUGGGGUCGGCGUGCCGGCGGGAUGGGAGAAGCUGUUGAACGAAUGCGAGCGCGAGGGCGUGUCGGUUGGGAAGCUUGCGGCCCACUGCCACGACACAUACGGGACGGCCAUCUCUAACAUCCUCCAUUGCGUUUCGCUCGGCAUCCCAACAGUCGACACCUCAAUCGCCUCCCUCGGCGGCUGCCCCUACUCCCCCGGCGCAACAGGCAACGUCUCAACCGAAGACGUCCUCUACGCCUUGUACCACUCCGGAAUCCCUUCGUCGUUCUUCCCGUCCCCGCCUGAAGCAGGGGCGGGGACGUUGCUGGGAUGGCAGGAGGGCGAGGAUAAGCAGAGGUUUGAGAGGUUGUGUGAGGUUGGGGAGUGGGUGAGCGAGAGGCUUGGGAGGCCGAAUGGGAGUAGUGUUGGGAGGGCGGUGAGGGGAAAGAGGGAGAGGGCGGAGAAGCGCAAGGCGAAGGAGGCGGAGAAGCAGAAGGCGAAGCUGUAG